GCUUUCAGACAUCUGUACUGUUACGUUGCCCAGCAGGCCAGAGACAGAGAAAGAGACAAGAGACAACUGGACAGAAUCAGAAUAGUGGAGAUAUAAAAAGAUAACAGAGGUAUAUAAUCAUAACCGAAUGAUGUAAAGCAUUCUCAUUCAACUGUCAUCGUUAUCGAAAAAUAAUAAUUACAUCCGUAAUGUUAUUUAUAAAUCGUCCAGUGCUCUUUUUCAAUUGGAAAUCAACACAAUCUAAAGAGGAUGAUAAAAACGUCAAUGUGUGUUAAAAUAAAUCAUACGAGUGCGCUUCAACUUAAAAAUGUGCAAAAACAACGAUACUUAUUUUUUUUUUGUGAAACUAUCGAAAAAAAUGUGUGUCAAGUGACGUAGUUGUUGUUACUCAAAAACAUUAUCAAGUCUAAUUAAUAUUCUUUGGGUUUAUUCACUAAUUACUAAAUAUAUUUAAUUACCAAGGCGGAUUUUUUUUACAAUAAUUAUCCAGGCCAUGAUUAUUAGUUUUUUAUUUGGAAUAUAAACAUGGCCGCUCGUGUGUUAUGUGAUAAAUGUUUUUUUAUGGUAUUACGUUAAUAUUAAGCAGAGCGACUUAAUUUAUAAAUGACAUUUAUUACAAUAAAAUAUGCACCAUCGAGACCCAGGCUGGUGUCUGGGUAAGCAAUGAACGUAUUAAGGAUUUUAAUACCGUGCGCGUUGCAGCGAGGGGAAGAAAGUGACGUUGAUAAUAGAAGUGGCUGCUGGUCAUCACUGGGAAAAGGACGUGGUAAUGAUGGUGAACGUAUGACCCAUAGAAUGGGAGCAUCGGCCUCUUCAAAUCUUGCCGCUGUUGGUGGCGACCCGAUACAGGCGGCAAGACUUUCAUCUUCUGGAAAUCCAGAUCAGUUCAACAUCGGCAUCAGAGAACGAAAAAAGAAAGUAACUGGUUUUGCAACUCUGCGCAAGAAGUUCAUUCGAAGACGUCGCUCCUCAAAGGCUUGCGACCACGGCCGAGUGAUACGGGAGUUGGUGUCAACCUGGAGUCCCUUAGAAGCGUCAGCGUUACUGGAAGAGUACGAGGCUCUCGCUGCGCUGAAAGACCUCCACGUGCAAGCAGAACUGGCGCGUCCACCAGCAGCGACCUUCAAGCAGGAUCUGUCGACUCUGUACGACUACAAACAUUGCACGGACGUGGACCUAGUCUACCGAAGCGCUUGUUUUCCAGUUCAUCGCGCGCUGCUCUCCGCGCGAUGUCCUUACUUCCGCGAGCUGCUGUCAGGCUGUCCUGGCUACGGAGCGCGGAUAUGUCUGGAGUUAAGAACACCUAAUCUGGAAAUUCACAUGUUCUCAGCACUACUGCGUUACCUGUACACCGGAGACAUCUGUUCACACGACAGCUCGUUGGACCCCAGUUUGUUACGACGGCUCGGCGAGGAAUUCGGGACUCCCAACCACCUGGAUCACGACUUGCGUUACUUACUGGAGACUGGGGACUACGCUGACGCUGCGUUGGUCUUCACGUCUGACGGAGACUACCAGCGACCCGACAGUGGCAGUUCUGAGUACGGAUUUCGCCCUAAAUUAGAAUUACCCUGUCACAAAGCGAUACUCUCAGCCAGGUCGACAUUCUUUCGCAAUCUGAUUCUCCGACGGACAAGAUCUUGUGAAGACCACACCGAGCGGGCGCUUCACAUACCCACGAGAAUUGUUCUAGACGAGAGUGUUAUUCCCAAGAGAUACGCCAGAGUGCUUUUGCAUGCUGUUUACCUGGACACUGUCGAUCUGUCGCUGAUCCUCAGAGGCAGCGGCUGUGGCAGCAGCACAGGCAGUCUCGGGGAAGUUCAAGCUUUGACACACACUGGCCGGAUGCGUCCGAGUCCUCUUGAAGAGGCUAUGGAGCUUUAUCAGAUUGGACGGUUUCUAGAGCUCGAUAUUCUGUCUCAAGGAUGCGAGGAUCUUAUUCUAGAGUGUUUAACGCAAGAAUCACUGCCUACUGUCCUCAGGUGGGGAAGUCAGCCUCACGGCUCGGCCUGGGUCCACAGACAAGCCCUACACUUUCUGCGAGAAGAGUUUCAAUCGAUAGCUUCCUCGACAGUUCUAUUUCAGCUAGACCAUGUUCACCUGGCUCAAUCUCUCCAGAGUCAUUUUCUCCAGGCAAGUGAGUUAGAGGUGCUGCAAGCUGUGCUCAAAUGGGGGGAACAGGAGCUGGUGAGAAGGAUGGAGGACCGAGAGCCGAACAUCCUCAGCCACACCGUUCACUCGGUUACACGUAAAGGCGUAAAAAAGCGCGAUCUCAGUGACAUCGAACUACGUGAAAUUCUGAGUGAACUCUUGCCGCUCGUUAGAAUGGACCAUGUACUGCCGCCCAAUAAUGAAAUUCUUAUGCAGGCUAUAAGGAGAGGUCUAGUGUCAACGCCACCGAGUCACAUGAUCGGUGACGAGCGUGAAAAUUUGCGAAUCAAUGCGUGGAUUAGAGGUGGCAAGAGAAACGGACUAUUUAUACGGCCUCGUUUAUUCAUGCCCUACUAUGAGGAAAUAAAAAGUCUAGUCGAAGAACACAUGAUUCAAGAAGCUGAGUUAGUCAGAUUAAGAAGGGCACGAUACAUUCCUGAUAUACCAGAUACUCUGUACAUGGUUGAUGAAAAGCCAAGAUCUAUGGGUACUGCUGGUGUCGACGUACUAGCCGCAGCUCUUCCUGUUCCAGAUGCAGUAACAAUGUCAGCGAUGUUGAAACGCGAACAAAAACUCCGUCAAUCCCCGAGCUGCCAACGCGCAAUGUCUCUACCGUUAUCUUGUCGGCAUGAGAUCAGCAGACAAGUUCGACUACGCGUCGUACGUGAAUUUAAUUUACCCGACGCUGUUGCUGAUCUUCUAGAGAAUUCUGCUUGCUACAACGCUGAACAAGAGGAGUCUAUGACAGAUAUGGAAAACUUGGAGCCGGUCAAUACUAAUAGCAUUAAUAUCAGCGGCACUUCUGCAGUCUGUUACGGCCGAAAUAUGACUUUCCCGCGGCCAAACUCAUCCUAUGGUAUUAGACACGAACUUCCUGCUGUUGUUACGGAGGGAGAGAAUUACAGGCUUCCAGGAGAGCAGUCACCGAACAAUCAAUGCAGCGAGGGCCAUUUAUCAGGAAUAAUGCCCGACGUAGCGAUGGCCACAGCGUCAUUCGGAGCUCUCCAGCUAGCAGAGCAGCAAGAACUGGAGCUGGACCUUGGAGACGGUGCGUCUCACCUCCUACAUCCCGGUCCUGGACCUGGUUCUGCCGGGGUUCACCACCCGCUGUUAUCACACCAGCGUCAGCGGCAUUACGCCGGGCUUCCACCGCAUCCCUAUAUGUAUCAUCGCUCCAACACCGGUUUGCCUAGAUUUAUAUGAAUUUACCGAGACACCGACGUGUAUUCAGAAAAUAAUCAUUGAUUGAUAAUAAAGUGUGUAAUAAUAAUAAUGUUGCGUGGGUCUGUGUAAAUAUUCAACAGUUAGACGAAUUGACGAUGAAAUUUAAGCUUUCGAGUCUUCUAAUUAAUUUUUAUUUAUUUAAACGAGACUUGUUUAUUACUUGAACAUGACAAGAUUUUUUUUUUUACUAUUAUUUUUUAAUUAAUCGAUAAUCCUUUACGGAAUUAUUUAUAGCAAUACCUUAAAUCUUAAGUACGGAUGGCUGUUAUUUUUAUAUUUUUGCUCGUUUUUAAGUAGACUUGUUGUCGGUAA